AUGGCCGAAGUCCUCGCCAAUGGCCAUCAUCACCCUUCACACAUCGCGCCAGACGUCUAUACCGCCGAUAGUGUCGAGGAUAUCCGGAAUGGACUGGCCGAACUGUCUCAGCGGGACGCGGCGGUUACGGCGCGUCUCGACACGUUGCUACAGACCCAGAAAGAUGUCACUCGCCAAUUAGGCCGUCUCGACCUCGCGCGCGCUCAAUUGGGCUCGCAGGUCGUGGCCACUCGUAACAUCAGCAAUGGUAUGCUCUCUUCAGCCGCGUCAACUGCCCACCGGAUCUCAGGAGCGGUCAAAAAGCUGGACCGGGAACAAGCCGCCGUCAAAGCUACUCUGGAAGUCGUCGAGCAAGUCGCAGAGCUGAAGGCAUGCGUGCUGGGUGUUCAUGGCUCAAUGGGUGCUCCUCAAGACUGGGAAACGGCUGCUAAUUACCUUUUCCGGGCCUCCAAAAUCCCCGACGCUGUGAUAGAUGGAGCCUUUGCUGAGGAAAUCGUGCCUACAGCUGAAGUCCCGGAUCCGCCACGGCAAACCCUCAAUGCCGCUGCUGAGAGUCUGUGCGGUUUGUUCUUGCGAGAAUUUGAGAAGGCCGCCAAGGAAGGCGACGGCGCUAGAGUUACCCGAUUCUUCAAACUAUUUCCCCUCGUUGGUCGCAGCGAUGUUGGACUGGAUGCAUACGGUCGCUACGUAUGCAGCGGUAUUGCGUCGAGAGCACGAAGCAACAUGAGCUCUACUCAGAGGAGAGAAGGCAUGUUCUACGCCAAUGCUUUGACCAAGCUUUUCGAGCAUAUCGCCCAGAUUGUGGAUGGCCACGAGCCACUCGUCGAACGUCACUAUGGGCCAGGAAGCAUGACCAAAGUGAUUGAACGCAUCCAAGUAGAAGCCGAUGCGCAAGGAGGUCUCAUCUUGGACAAUUGGGCUGAUGAGCGGAGGGUGAGUAGGAAGCUCACAGAGGUGAAGAGCUACCCUUUCAAUUUCCUCGUGCAAAGCUUUCUUCCGUCUCAGAAGCCAGGCUUCACGUCUCGAAGCGACUCUCCUGCUCCAGGCUCAGGUCGCGCAAGUGAGGACGAAUCGGUAGACAUGAAGGAAGUGGACGCAUUGUUGAGCGAGAGUGCAAUGAUGCUGGGCCGUUGGUCUCUGUAUGCUCGAUUCUUGGCAAGCAAGACCACGGCUGCUACGGACGAGAAUCCAGACGCAAAAUUACACCUACCGGCGUUUCUUGUGCACAGCACAUUGCAGAAGAAAGUCACUGAUUUGCUGGUGGAUCCAUUCAACCUCAUGGCCACGUUCUUCUUCCGACGAUCCGUCGAGAAGUCGUUCCAACUGGAUGAAGCUCCGGCUGACCUCACCUUGAAUCCAAACAAGCAGCUUGGUUCGAACCCUCCUUUCAUCACGUCUGCCGUGGACGAUGUCAUGUACAUUGUCAAUCAGGUGUUACAGCGCACACUAUCUACAUCUCAGCGGUCGGUCGUGUCAAGCGUCGUGCCAUCCGUAGGGAGAGUACUGGGCUCCGACUUCUUCGGCAUGGUCCAGCGUAAGAUGCGAGACGAGAGCUAUCCUAAGGCUGCUAUCCAGGGCGCACUCCCCACAGAGACGCUGAUCGUCUCAUUCCUAGUUCUGAUCAAUAACCUGGAUGUCGCAACAGAUUAUGUAAAAAGAAUUGUCCGUACUGCGACUGGGAGCUUGUCAGCAUCUCAAGGAUCACAACUGAAUGGCCAUUCAUCAGCCUUAGCCGAUUCGUUUCCUUUCGGCAACGAGGCCCUUACCGUCGAGAAGACCCUUCACAACAUGGAAUCUGGUUUCGAAGCCAAGACUUCCCAACUCAUCAAUGAAGCAAUAGAAGUAAUGCUGAAGCAAGUUAUGCGUCCUCGAUUGAGACCAGUCAUCCAGGAGACCUUCCGAGACGUCGACUACAACAUUCCGUCUGAGGGCGCGGGCCACGGCGGCGAAGAUCAAGACUCCGACGACCUGGUAACUCAACGGUUCGAAAGAGGCUGGCAGGCUUUCACUCUUCCCAUCAAACGCAUUCUCACACCAAGCAACUACGACAAACUCAUUACCAUCACCAUCGCAUAUUUCGCUCGGACGCUGGAAAAGCGAAUCUGGUCGUAUCACGGCCGGGUGAAUGAGCUUGGAGCUGUACGAUUGGAGAGAGACAUUGCCGGCAUUGUGGCUGCUGCCGUCAAGGGUGGGAAGUACGAGCUACGGGACUCUUUUGCGCGAUGCGUGCAGAUGACGCUCAUUCUGAAUAUGGAAGAUGACGAGUGGGAGGAGAUUGCGAAGCUAAAUGGCGCCCAGCUGGAGCGGGACACCGGCGUUGCGUGGAAACUGGACGCGGAGGAGAGGAGAAAAGUGAGGGCUAUCGUCAAAGAUCGGUAG